ACAUCCCAAAACCCCAAAAGCCUCUUGUCCACGUUCCCAAGUGCUCACAGUCGCCGAUCCUAAAACCCCAAAAGCCAUGGCCUCCUUCGCCGCUAGGUCCAUGCUCCGCUCCGCCGCGGCCAGAACCACUCUGGGUUCUCGGGUCGCCUCCGCAGCCCGACCCAAACCCUCCGCCGCACCAUUCACCAUCCCCAAACAAAACAAAAACCCCAUUUUCAGGUCGCCUGUGGAGUUGAGCUGCUGCGUGGAGACGUUGCUUCCCUACCACACGGCCACAGCCUCUGCAUUGCUCACCUCGAUGCUCUCCGUCUCGCAACGCUCCUACGGUUGGACCCCUGAAGGGCAAGACAAGACUAGAUGAGGAUCAAGCAUCAAAUAUGGAGUGAUUUGGAUAUGUUUUUGUUGUCAACUUUUGAGAGUGUUAAUUGCAACUGUUCUCCAGUAGACUAGAUGAGAACCCUCAAUUUAAAAUUACGUGGAAAUUUGAGAGGAUGCACUCUCUAUGUUUGAUAACAAUAAAAUUUUAAGAAUUUGUUUUCUGUAUCCCCUAUAACAAUUGUUUAUUUUAUGUUUUUUGUUUGGUUGGACAUAGUUAUGUUUACAUUCCACUCUUAUUAUAUUUAUUGUUUUAACUUU